AUGCCUCUUAAAGAUGACGAUGAGUUGAUUGUUGCGACGAUUAAUAGUCUUCAUUCGAAUACAAGUGAAGACGAGUUUCGUACGGCUCUUAAUCAACAUUCCGCCAAAUCACUUCGUAAAGCGUGUGCAAAUUUGUGUCUUGGAGCUCGAAGUCGUCGCUGUGCUUAUGACAAUAAAAAUGGCUACAUGAAAUUACUAUGGGAACGCUACAAACGGGAUGGAAUGCAGGGAUUCAGUGGACUUUUACAAGACAGUGAUUCUCGUCUAAAGGGUCCUGGUAUCACGACCAUUUGUCGACCUAAUCCACUUUUAAGUCGUCCUGAUUCUCACGAGUUUGUACCAGAAUUACGACUUCGUACAACGAGUCAGAGCCAGAAUAACACCAUACUCGAGCCACUAUUGCAGUCUUUAAGUGGCACGCAGGCUCGAAAACGUCGUCGUGUGGCUACAGAUGAUGGUGUUUUUGAGUUUGUCGAGCACAAUCUAGAGGACGACGUGACCGAGAGUAAAUGUGAGAGUGAAAAGACCCCAAAAGAUAAGAGUUAUGACGCGGUGGUACAUUCGUCUGCUGCGGUGCGUUCGGCGAUGGCUACACUUAACGAGUUGAAGCAAAAUCACGCGAGUGAGUGUCUAGUCAAAGCAGCAGAACUCGUGUUUGACAGACUCGUCUUGAGCUGGACACGGACAAUGGAAGAGGCAAGCAAGAUGUGA